AUGACUGUGAUGAAUCAAGAAAUAUACCAAUAUAAGGAAAUAGGGGUAGCUGGUCCUCCUGGGAAACAGGGUGUUGAAGGAAAGAGAGGAUAUCCUGGUCGAGCUGGAACUCCUGGAUUAAAAGGAGAUAGAGGAGACCCUGGAAAAAUAGGACGUACUGGAUUGCGAGGUUUUAAUGGAUCUCAAGGAACAAAAGGUGAAAUAGGUAAUCCGGGGGAAAAUGGUAAAACUGGUGAAAGAGGACUUGCUGGACCGACUGGAUUAAGAGGAUUGGAUGGAGCACCUGGUAAUGAUGGACAUGACGGAGCACAGGGACCAGUCGGUGGUGAUGGUGUCCAGGGAAAAUCAGGAAAACCAGGAAAAACAGGACCUGCUGGAGCCGAUGGAGACAUUGGACCAUCUGGACCAUCUGGUUCGACUGGAUAUCCGGGACCACAAGGAGAUCUGGGAUUGAGAGGACGAAAGGGGAAAAAAGGAGAUGCUGGUCGCACAGGAGAUCGAGGCAACACUGGAUGUAGUGGAGAAUCUGGAUCAACAGGGCUACCGGGACCAACUGGUCCAAAAGGAGAAACUGGUUCGCCAGGAUAUAGGGGUAUUUAA